CCUGCAGCUGUGACCCUGGUGGUGGGGACCCACGGGCACUCGGAUCACAUCGGGAACCUCGGGCUGUUUCCCCGGGCGGCUCUGCUGGUGUCGCAUGACUUCUGCCUGCCCGGCGGCCUCUAUCUGCCUCUCGGGCUGUGUGAGGCGCAGCCCUUAGUGCUGAGCUCCGGACUGCAGGUGUGGGCUACGCCGGGCCACGGGGGACAGCGGGACGUGAGCGUCGUGGUGGAGGGCACCGGACUGGGCACCGUGGUGGUGGCUGGCGACGUGUUCGAGCGCCUUGGGGACGAGGACGCCUGGCAGGCCCUGAGCGAAGACCCAGGAGCUCAGCAGCGGAGCCGGGAGAGGAUUCUGCGUGUGGCUGAUGUGGUGGUGCCUGGUCACGGAGACCCCUUCCGGGUGGUCAGGGAAGGAGUGAGGAGUGAGGAGGAUUUGGUAUGUGAAGACAAGGAGGCCGCUUAACUGGACUCGCACCGGGAACUCACCUUCAGCGAGGAACUGGAGUCCAGGAGACCCUGAGGACAGUGAGCAAGCCAGGAGGCAACUUCCAAACAAGAUGGAAUGACUGACGUCAGCCACCUCUGUCACUGUCUGUAACCUAAGUAGACAACCAACGAGGGACUGGCUCAGCCCUGCAUCCUCUGUGAGCCUCAGUAAAAUGUAGAAAGGUUUUUUUUUCCCCAGAAAAAAAAAUGUUUUUAAUUAAAAUAUUUGUUUGGGAUGUGUGUGUGUUCCCGUGAAGGACUGAAGGCAAUUUGGAGGAGUCGGUUUUCUCUACCCUGUGGGUCCCCAGGAUUAAGUUCAGGUUGUCAGGCUUGGUGGCAGGCACCUUUACAGUAUGAGACAUCUUGAUGAAUAUUCUUAAGAUCUUAAAAAAAAAAAAAAGGACUGGAAGACAUACAUACUGACCUGAUGCAAAUGCAAAAUACUGAUAGCAAUCGUUGGGAUUGUAACCAGAGGCUGCAAGAGAAGGACAUUGUGGCCAAUGACUUGUUUCUCCCAGGAUGCACGCUUGUGAGAAGGUGUCAGACACAGAUAUGACAUGACCCCUUAGUCACCUGACUACUUUUUUUUUUUUUUUUUUUAAGACAGGCUCAUGUAUUCCAGUCUGGCUUCGAAGCUGAGGCUGGCCUCGAACUCCUGAUUCUCCAGCCUCCACCUCCCAAAUACUGGGAUUACGGAGUUACAGGUUUGUGCAUUCCCACCUGACUUUAGUUCAUCCACUUAUUCAUUGAAUUCACCCAGUGGAUAACUAUUUAACACCUAUAAUGUCUCAAGCAUAGGUCAAGUGAUACUCCUACAGUGAGCAAAUGGCAGAUUCCCUGCCUCAACAGAAGUCACAUUCCAUUCAGGAGACUGAUGAGUAACCAUAAUAGUAGUAGCAACUAAAUAAUUGUAGGUUGUGGUUUGCAAUAUACAUGCAGGAUAAGGAUAGGACAGAGAGCAGGGCUGGGAGAGGCUGCUUGAUGUUGAGAGGUCAGGAAAAGCCUCUGAACGAUGUUGCUUCUUUAUUUUUAAAUUCAUUAUUUUGCAUGGUAUGUAUGCACAAAGCCAAGCUAUGGUUUAUACUUGGAUGUCAGGACAAGUUGCAAGAAUUGUAUCUCUCCUUCAACCAUGUAGGUUCUGAGGGUCAAACUCAGGUCACCAGGCUUGGUAGCAAGCACCUUUACCAUCUGAGUCAUGUCUGUGGCCCCUGGUUUUUGUUCUGUUUUAGAUUAGGGUCUUUUGUAACCCAGGCUGGCCUCGAACUUGCCAUGUAGCUGAGUAUGACCUGAAGGCAAGAGUGCCUCUACCUUCACAGUGCAGAUGAGUACUGCCAAGCAUAGCUUGUUUCUUUUGUUUUUGAGAACACCUUGCUGGGUAGCCCAGGCUCACCUAGAAUUCAAGAUGUAACCCUAGCUGCCCUCAAAAUUCUCAGUCCUUUUGUCUCAUCCUCCUGGUUGCUUUGGUUACAGGGGAGAGCCACCACAUCCAGUUUGUGGGAAGGUGCUUUGAAAGUUCAGGAUAAAGAAGACCCCCUCAGCAGACAAAAUAAGGCCUAGGAUAUAGGGUGGCUAGCUGGUUCAGCAACUCUGUUCCAGGAAAAGGCUAGCCAUAAAAAGUUAGAUUAGAAUCUUACAAUCUUAAGGAAUAAGGAGGGAGUUUUCCCUUGUGUUUUCCCUUGGGACCCUUCACUGGUAUUCUUGGUAUUUUGGGUUGGGGUUUCUUUCCUCACUGGUAUUCGUGGUAUUUUGGGUUGUGGUUUCUUUCUUUAAAAACCCCUAUUCCCAGCCAUUCGGGGUGGAAACUCCUCUUCCCCUGCGUGGGAUAUGAGUCUCAGCCCCAGCGCGCUGGCUCCUGUCAAUAAACCUCGUGCGAUUGCAGCAA